UCAUAUCUUGUAGAUCUAACACUGCUUUCUUUUUAUAUUUUUAGUGCUCCUGGUCUCUUUGUUCUGCUUUUCUUCGGGGGGCACCCAGUACAUGGCGACUGGCUCGAAUAUAUCUAUUUGUGGAACUAAGUGUGGCCCUCAGGAAAUAGCGCACAAUCUCCAUUUUAAAGACUCAUUUCUUGCCCAUAUACCGUGUAAGGGCUUUGUCCAAUUAGAUGACCAUUUCAAGCCCAGGACUGAAUGCAAUGUCUCCAGUGUGUGCUGCGUGAUCAGAAAUGCUCAGAGAAAAGACUCUGGCAGCUAUUCCAUAACAUCAAUCAGAGCUGAUGGGAAGGACGUCGAGAUCCUGAAUAAUUUGUGUGUUAUUCUGGAUAACAUCACCGGGGUCAGCAUCAGAAGCAAUAACUCCGAUCUGACCACUUCUCUGCACGUUGUGUUUACUGGGGACAUGGCCACAGUCACCUGGACCCGAGAUGGAGGAGACCUGCCUGAAAAGCACCGGCUGAGUGAGCAGAACAGGACCCUGGAGCUACAGAACGAGGAUGAUGGGACAUACAGAGCAUCGGUGUCUAACCCACUGGGCACGGCCUGUGCAGAGUACAAGCUCCAGGGUACAAAGAGCUAUGCAGGUAAAUGCGAGCAUCCCCUACGACAUCUUACGGACAACAAACCCCAAAAAACUCCUGCACGUCCCUGGAGUAACAGUCAGGCAAACCGUACUUCACAGGGCCUGUAA